AUGCCCAACCAAGCCGCCGCCUGUUUGGCCCCCGCCCUGUCACCCAUUCUGUUUAACUAUGCUAUUGACUGGAUCCUCGGGAGGGCCCUACGCGAGGGUGACGCCGUUGAGUUUGAACCCGGACACCGACUGACUGAUCUCGACUAUGCCGAUGAUAUCGCCUUACUUGCUUCAAGUUUUGGUGACCUGCAGCCUAUGGUGUCAGGGGUAAACGAGGUCGCUAAAUCGGUCGGUUUAUCCAUAAACGCUGGGAAGACUAAAGCGUUUUCAAACAGCAUCCCUAACCAGGGGAAGGCACCCCUCGGGAUUGAUGGCUGUCAACUUGAAGUAGACAGGUUUAAAUACCUCGGAGCGAGGCUGCUGCCUAAUGGACAGAGUAAGGACGACAUUGCCUCCCGAAUCGAUGCUGCCUGCUGGCUUUUCUCAUGCCUUCAGAAAUGCCUAUGGAUCCGACGUGACCUCUCCAUCGCAACUAAGAUUCGCGUGUACCGUGCAUCUGUCCGGUCUGUCCUUCUCUACGGUUGUGAAUGCUGGGCUUUGCGCGUGGAGGACGAGAGAGAACUGGAAGUGUUUGCGCACCACUGCUUGAGGACCAUCCUUCGAGUGAAUUUCACCGACUUCGUCUCAAAUGAGACAGUCCGCGAGCUCUGCGACAACAUCGCAAGGAUAAUUCUGGCCAUCCACGAAAGAUGA